AGGGCGGUGAGGGGACGCGCCUGACAGCAGCGGCGGGGCUCCGCCGCCCCGGCAGGACGGCGCGGGCGGGACGGGGCGGGGCCCCGCCGGCAGAGCGCGUGCGCCGCGCAGGCGCGGGGUGAGCCGGCACCUGCGCCCGGCGGGUCAGGUGGGCGGCAGCGGCGUAGACUGAGUGACUGUUAUGCUGGAGGAAGGUGUUCUCUGGACAGUCCUGGAGGCAGAAGUGCUGUAUUUCUAGAGCAGAUUGCCUUGGUACUGCGCCCCUCUGUCCUGCUGCAAUGAGUGGGAAGUCUUUGCUCUUAAAGGUCAUUCUUCUUGGGGAUGGUGGAGUUGGGAAAAGUUCCCUAAUGAACCGGUACGUCACCAACAAGUUUGACUCACAGGCUUUCCACACGAUUGGUGUGGAGUUCUUAAAUCGGGACCUGGAAGUGGAUGGACGUUUUGUGACCCUCCAGAUUUGGGACACUGCGGGACAGGAGAGAUUCAAGAGCCUGCGAACCCCCUUUUACAGGGGAGCAGACUGCUGCCUGCUGACCUUCAGUGUGGAUGACCGGCAGAGCUUUGAGAACCUCAGUAACUGGCAGAAGGAGUUCAUCUAUUAUGCUGAUGUGAAGGACCCGGAACACUUCCCAUUUGUAGUCCUGGGCAACAAGAUAGACAAGCUUGAGAGACAAGUGAGUACAGAGGAGGCCCAGGCCUGGUGCAUGGAGAACGGUAACUAUCCAUACCUGGAGACUAGCGCCAAGGAUGAUACCAAUGUGGCAGUGGCCUUUGAGGAGGCUGUGCGACAGGUGUUGGCGGUGGAGGAGCAGCUAGAGCACUGCAUGCUGGGCCACACUAUUGACCUGCACUCCAGCUCCAAAUCAGGGUCUUCAUGUUGUUAAGAGUGGCUGCUGCUUUGGGAACGUUGCUCAAGCCAGCGGCCAGAUCGGAAUAAGUGCAGGCAGCUCUGGGGCACUCUGAGGAGGGUGGCCACAAGGACAAUAGGUGAUUUGCUCACUGGGAAGUUGCAGCCUCACCAUCUGAAUUCUGGCUGGAGUUUUCGGGCACAGAGGAUGUAUCUGCAGGAGAGAGCUGUCAAAAGAGCAUGUGAACAUAGUCCUGCUUCCAUCUCUGUCUGUUUUAGCAGGUUUAAAGGACUGGGCUAUAGUCCUUUAAAUUCACUAAAGACAGUGGAUACCGAUCUGUACCAAGAACUGCCUGUGGAACAAAGCUGAGAGUGCUCUAGGCACUCUGAACUAGUUUAGUCCUGAACUCAAAAAAAACUAGACCCACUAAACUCAUGACCUUACUGCCAAAGGAAAGUCUGCUCAGCAUAGUGAAUGAAACCUGUUGAAGAGACUCUAGCCUAUGUGACUGUGAGAAUGCCAAAUACUAGAGUGGCUGAGAUGUGCGUAUCUGUUGUUUGGGAUAAGUGCGUUGUGUCCUCUCAGACUGUAUUUUGCUGAGAAUUGUUAGAGCUCGGAUCUGAAGCAGCAUAUGAAGGAGAGAUGCACCUGUGUUUGCAUGUGGCAGCAUCAUUUCUUCAUAGCUACCUAUUUCUGGUCUGUUUUUCCUCACCUCUUUGUCUUGUGUGAGUGUUAUUUUGUGGAGAGACUGUCUGCUUCUUGUUUAAUAUAUGUUUCCUUGCCUCUUCUGGAGGCUUAACACUGGAUCUCGCUUAUCAUGCCUUGAAGGCCUGGAUGAAAAAUACUGAUGUGGACACUCACUGGGUCAUGUCAAAGGGUUUUGAGUUACUCAGGAGAUCUGGAGCAUGAAACUUCAGCUGGUUUCUGUCACAAGUAAUCGCUGUGUCCAGAUGAUAUGCUCUAGCAGACCGGGUGGUAGGUAGGUGGGAAGUCUCCUAGGUAUGCAGGUGACUGGGGCAGUCAUGUGUGGUCAGCUGUUAAAUCCACUCAGUGUGUGGGGCUGGUGACCACUGUGCUUCAUUAGCUGGCGGAUCAGCAUCUUCGGUUGCUUUAGCACGGAUGUUCCCAUCUGGAUGCUGCAACACAGAACCAUUCACUUUAUUACCUAUUAUGUGAGGUGCAGUGCUGCUGAGCACAGUUAACUCAUGCUGUUGUACUGGCCCUUACUCCCUAAUGGUGAAUCUGGUGUGUUUUAUCUGUAACUCAUCUGACAGACUUUACUGGUGGAGGACAUACACUCGGUUAACUGGACUUCCCUAACGGUUGCUGUGUUCUGUUCACUGGGGAGAGAGCUGUACGGGUUUCAUCUCUGUUCAAGGUGGCUGAAAAAUGGUAGGGGUGGGCAGAGAACCUUCUAGAAAAGGAUGCCAUGCUUUGCUGAUCCCAGCUCCUGCUGCCUGCUAGGUGUUAGUCCCAAGCUAUCUGUGUAGCAAAGAGAUUAGCGCUUGCUGACUGUCUUUACCAUUAUAACCUCAUGUCCUGCAACUUCCCCUGCAAGCAUUUGUCCAAAACUAUGACUUUGCCCAUAUGCACAUAGGAGCCUGCCACAGGGAGAGCUUCCCUGAGUAUGUAUCCACUAGCCACCAAAUGCAAUUUCCACUGUGAUGAGCUACUGGAUGAUAAAUUUUGUAGCUCAAAUCAAGCAGCCUCACUUACACUGUACUUCAGAGCAGGGAAAUCUCUGCCCUCGUGCUGGCUGGUGGCAGCUAAUCCCCAUUGACGAGCAGUCUCUGAGCGUGCAGGGAAUCUCCUCUGGGGGAACUCAGGGUCAUCUUGCCCUUCUCUGCCAGGCAGCCACAUGUGGAAGGGACUGAAGCUUUAAUGCAAAGUGCUUUAGAGGGAUCUGAUUUCUAAACUGGGCUGAAUAUUCAAAUUCAUGGGAAGUCUCUGGAAAACCAGGUCCCUUGAGGUAUAAGAGAAGGCUCUGCCUCCAUAGCUGCAACAGAUUUUUACAGGAUAUUAAAGUUAGUGUUACUGUUUAUUUACCAAUGUCUGACAUUCCCAGGCCUCUAGAUUUUUCUUCAGUUUAACACUGCUUGAUAUUGCCUUCACAAUCCCAGACUCUGUAACCUGUGGUUCUGAUUUACAUCUCCGAACAGACACCUUCCCCCAAAGCUGGGGCCCCUAGGGUCUGAACAAGCUCAGGCCCUUGUGCUCUGCCCAGCCCUGCCAGAGGAUCUGCUGAGGGAACUCCCUACAGGUGAAACUGCCGCUUCCCCAGCACGGAUCUCCCGGGGUCUGUGUAAGGACUGGCACCUCCUGUGGGAGAGGGCAGAGGCUGAACAGUCUGUGGUGUAGGAGGCACGGGUGCAGCAUGCUGUUUGCAGUACCCUGGGCGUGUGUUGAUGCUGAUAGCUGAAGCUCAAGAGCCUCAUUGUGGACAGGCUGUGCAGAGCGUAUGUAUUGCCAGAGGGUGUUACCCAGCAUAUUUUAUUCCUAACAGACAUUGAAUAAAUGACUUUUUUUAAAAAAAACCUAUUUUGUUACGCUUAUGUGUUUUAAAAAUUCGUUUUAAAAAGUAUAGUAUAAUGUAUUUAAGUUGUUUAAUUUAUUUUAAAUAAUACGCACAAUUUCCAAAGGAGCUAGGAUUUUGAACUCUUUGUUGCAAAGUUCAGUGCCAACAGCCAUUCCUUCUCUGUGUCCACUCAUGCUGCUGUGGUUGUUGCUAUUGCUACAGAACUGGAACUGUAAAACUGAGAUUCUACCUUUAUUUAAGCAAAUAAACCAUGGAUGUAUUCAAGUGAAUUCA